AGUGACGUAAAUCACGUAAAUUCCUUACGCCUUUGGACUGUGGCCAAGUACUUUACGUGAUUUACGUCACUGUCGUUGGCGUGGGCGGAUGUCGCGGAGCAACACGGAAGUGGCGGUGAGCGAAUGUCAACAACAACAACAAAAAGGACGAAUUAAAGAUAAAAUCAUCUUCCCACACGAAGCUACUUGUCUCAGAGAUCCUGCACAUCUACUGACAUGAAGUUUUUACACCAUGGAGAGUGAUUUAUUUUUUAUUGUUCGGUAAUUAAAACACUCAGAUUUCAGUGGGAAGAGAGAGAGAGAAUCAACAUGGAUGUCCAUUACGGCCUGUGGAUUUUUAGCCUUUUGCUUUUAACAGUCCAUUGCAGUCUGGAGCUGGCCUCCAGUUCAGCACAAUGUUUCAAAUCAUCCAAAAUACUGCAGGCGAGACAAGGAGAAAUUCGUGGUUCCAAUCGUCACAGCGCUCCCGGGGCUGUGAACUGCAGCUGGGUAAUCACUUCCCAAGUGGGAGAGCGUGUGGUUCUCAGUUUCUCUGAGUUUUCCAUUAGAUGUGGCUGGAGUUGGCUAAGCUUGACCACCGUUACAGGCCGUCCUGUGUCGCUCUGUGGAUACCAGCUGCCUAAGCCAAUGGAGUUCAGAGGGGGAAACAUUACAGUGACGCACCACUUUGUCCCGCACUUCUCAGUUUCAGGAUUCCAUCUGUCAUACAUUAAAGACACCGGUCCGUGUUACCCUGGUGAGUUUGAGUGUUACAGUGAGCGCUGUCUUCCCAUGUCCUGGCACUGUAACGGCCAGGUGGAGUGCCUCGGGGAAGGUGACGAGCUCGGCUCGGACGAGGAGGACUGUGACCCUGUCAAACCAAAACCUCGCCUGGGCAAUGAACCCUCACCAUUCCCAUCUGAAAUCCCAGCAAGCACAGCUAGUAACUCUGAGACGGAACAUCUGUCUGAUCUUCUGUCUCCAGCCCAGGGUGGGCCUUGUGGGGGGUAUCUGCAGGCUUUCUAUGGCUCUUUUGUGCCCCCUGUGCUGACGGGUGUAGCAAUGGAGUGUGUGUGGUCAGUGGACCCACAGGACUCCCGGCCUCUCAAGCUGGAGCUGCAACAGCUGGCACUUGGCUCUGGAGACAGCCUCAUCAUCACAGACCAACCUGCCGGGCGUGGAAGUGUCAUUACAACUGUCACAUAUAUAUACAAUUACAAAACAGUGGAGGUGGAGUCUCCUACUGGUCUGCUGUCAGUAAUAUAUCAUGUACAGGAGGCGUCUGAGGGACGGGGCUUCAAUGCCACAUACCGCAUCGCUGACUACUGUCUGCCCUGGGAAGGUCUUUGUAAGGGAUCAGAGGGAGGCUGCUACACACCGAAGCAGCGUUGUGAUGGUCACUGGGAUUGUGCAGAGACAGGCCUGGAUGAGGAUGGCUGCGGCGGAUGCUCGGCUGGCUACUUCCCGUGCGGGACACUGCCACAGCCGAGGGCGGGGCAUCUCAGCCGGCCUACCUGUUAUUCCAUCAAAGAGCGGUGUAACUACCAGCUGAACUGCGCUGAUGGGAGUGACGAGAGAGAGUGCAAAGUGUGUCAGCCUGGAACGUUCCACUGUGACAGUGACAGGUGUGUGUUUGAGAGCUGGCGAUGUGACGGACAGGUUGAUUGUAAGGACGGCACUGAUGAACUAAACUGCACUGUGACGUUGCCUCGAAAAGUCAUCACCGCGGCGACUGUGGGCAGCCUGGUGUGCGGUCUGCUGCUGGUUAUUGCAAUGGGCUGCACAUGCAAACUGUACUCGCUUCGCACACGAGAAUACAGCCUGUUUGCCCCAAUCAGCCGCCAAGAGGCGGAGUUUAUCCAGCAACAAGCCCCGCCCUCCUACGGUCAGCUGAUUGCUCAGGGGAUUAUUCCUCCUGUAGAGGAUUUCCCUACAGAGAACCCCAAUGAGCCCACCUCCCUUUCUCUGAGAGGACUGCUUCAGCUUAUCAGACAGGACAACAUCUCCCCGCGGCGAAGACGCAGGCCACGGUUUGUCCGCAGAGCGGUUCGCCGCUUGCGGAGAUGGGGCCUGAUUUCCAGACCAACCUCUAGAUCUACCCAGACCACAAGCUCCACCACUCAACAGACAGAAGUUGCUCCUACAGACCAGGAGCCCAGACAGUCCGGCCCUCCAGGCUCCUCUGUGCCCAGGGAAAAUGCUGACCAGCCUUUGCCACAAAAAGUGGGGUUAUCCCAGCAAACAGAGCAAGAACAACAGACAGACACACAACCUUCUCUUUCCUCGCCUCCUCCUCCUCCUACAACACUUCCCACAACUACACAUUCCCUUCAGCCAGCUGAUGCUCCACAAAUACGCCACAGCCUCCCUGUCACUGCUGCACCCAGCAGCCCCUCCCUGGCCUCUCUCUUCCAUUCUCUGGGGCUAAGUAUUUCUCGUUUCAGAUCUUCGUCUUCCUCCCCUACUGCACUUCCUCUCUCAGCUUCUCCGUCUUUCUCCUCUUCCUCAGAAGACGAAGUGCUACUGAUCCCUCUUUCUGAUGACACGACCUCUGAGGAUGAUGUGCCCAUGCUGACUUGAAUCGAACCGCACUCCCUUUCACUUUUAAUGUUUUUUCUUUUUUUCUUUUCACUUUUCUUCCUGUUUUUCACCUCUAAAUUAUGAUCUCAGCAUGUAAGUGGCAUCAUGUUUGCAGUCUGUUCUGGCAAGGUGCCUUAUUUCACAUGAAUAGGGUCAUUCUCCUGUAUCCAGUAUUGGACAAAUGUGUCAAAGACUUUAAUCUUUGUGCUUGUUAGUUGUGCACUUACUCAGAGAUUGUGUGUGAUAGCAGACAAUCUUCCUUGACCUCUCUUUAAUGAGCGUGUUUACAUGUACAACACAACAUCAUCUUGUUUCAGCACAUUCAAGUGUUCGAGGAACAGCACGUUACGGUAUCUGAAAUUAGAUUAUAGAGGACAGUUAUGCCUGGAUUGUAGCCUAUUUGACUGUGUUCAUGUUGUUCGGAGCAUGUAUGCCAUUAAGCGGACACCUUUUGUUUUUUAACAUUUGCGCAUGCAUAAAAAGAACUUGAAUAAGGAAAUAAAUUGGGCCUCGGUCGACUAAAAGUGGAGACUGCACAUGAACAGACAUUAUAUGAACUUGUUCUUGUCAAAUGCUUGUUAUUGGAACUAAUAGUUUCACAUCUUAUAGCCAGGCAUCUAAAUACUGGUAAAUCUUGACAUUUGCAGGCCCACUGCUAUUUUUUUACAGAUUAUCAAAUGACUUAAGGUUAUUUUGUACAUGUAAACACACACAUUGAAACUGUCCUGUGUCUCAAGAAAAUAUACAGCACCAUGAUACACAUGUCCAGACUUUCAUCUUAUAGUUUAUUUUUUCACAAUUAGUUAACGUGUGUGUGUGUGUGUGUGUGUGUGUGUGUGUGUGUGUGUGUGUGUCUAAGAGAGAGAGCGCGAGAGAGAUACUGCUAUACACAUGGCUGUGUGUAUUCUUUAGAAGUGCCUUUGAUAGAGCUUCCUAUAGAUCACUAGACACUAUGUGACUCUAUGUACUUGCACAUGAAGGCCAAACUCACACAUGUAAAAGUUAACACCUCAGUUUAAAUCGUAAUUUACCCAGGCCAUGAUCAAGAUAUUGCAUGGCAAGAACAUGUGUGUGUGUUUGUGUGAAUGUAGUCAUUCAGUUGAGACAAUCUUUGUGCCUGAGGCAGUUAUUCGCACCACCGUUCUGAAUUUCUUCACAUUACUUUUAAUGACACUUAAAACAUUUCCUUCUAUUUCUUCUUCUAAUUUCAGCUUUUGGCUCAAUAAGCAGUGAAAGAAACACGAGUGCCAUAAAUAGAAUCUUGUUUUGCACUUACUCUAAUGAAUCUUUCCCUCUCUUUUUGCCAUGUCGAUAUUGUUUUUAUUACUGAAUGUAUUGAAGCGGCUAGCUGUGUAACAUGUUUCUCGCCAGUGGUGAUUGCAAUAGAAAUUUGUGGUUUGGAAUAAAAAAAAAAAAAAUUUAAAUGCUUUUCGUAGGAUGUGUUUCACUGUAUAUAUGCUGAAAGAUCUAGAAAAACCACAAUGAAUAAAUCAUUUGCACUUUUA